AUGCCGUUAUCAAUUACUUGCAGUAAACUCUACAAAAGCAAAAUUAGUGAGGAACAGUGUGUUCAAGUUGAACUUAUUACCAGGGGACAAAACAAAAACAGAACAUGGAAAGAACAAAGAAAGGGUCGAAUUACCAGUUCUAGUUUUGGUCAUGUCUUUGUUCAUAAAGACACGACUGAAACGGACAACCUUGUAAAACAAGUAAUGGGGUAUAACAAAACGUUUCAAAAUAGCCAUUUAUAUACAAAAAGGAUACAGGAAUUUCACCCCAAUACAAGUGUGAAGGAUUGUGGAUUGAUCAUUAAUCCCUCCUAUCCAUAUCUCGAUGCAAGCCCAGAUGGAUUAGUUGACAUACCUAACUUUCCAGAUGGACCAGGAUUGCUUAAAAUUAAAUGUCCAUCUAGUGACAAGGGGAAAUGGUUAUCCCCUCAUGAAUGUGCAAAGGACAGUGCUUUCUUUUGUUCUGUUAAAGACAAUGUUGUGCUGAAAAGACAUCACUCCUAUUUGUAUCAAGUGCAAGGGCAGAUGGCAUUGACUGGAAGAAAAUGGUGUGAUUUUGUAGUUUGGACCCUUAAACAUCCAAUGUCAGUGGAGAGGAUCUACUUUGAGUGGAACUUGUGGCUAACAAUGGUGGAAAAACUAAAAACAUUCUAUCUUUGAGGUGUUCUGCCAGAAGUAUUUUCCAGUUCCCACUUCAUGCAAGCAAGGCAUUACAUCCCAGCAAUGUAAUGUGUAUAUUAUAUCCAGGCUGUGUAUGCAAACGGGAACACGAGAGAGACUACCUUGCAGGAAACUUUCAGCAAUAUUUUACAAAAAUAUGCAUGUAUUGUAAUUCAAAUUUGUGCUUUUGAACACACCAUAGAUAAUAUAUUUUUAGGGAAUUUAAAUUGGUGUGUACGUGUGUGUUUUCAAUAUAUUAAAAUUAUGCUCUUUGCAUCGCUUCUUUACCCAUAAUAGUAAAGAAUUGUCAAUUUUUAAUAAUUAUGUACAGUAUUAUAUUCAGUUUCAUUGAGUGAUCAUUCUAAACAUUAUAAGGGAGUCUGAAUUUCUCAGCAAAACCACAUAAGAUGAUGAAUUGCUAGUUGUUGUGUUUUAGGGUAUGCAGUUAUGAGUUACAAAGUGGUGGCUGUAAAUUGGUCAGCCUAGCACAUAAUUUCCAAAUUUUUGAUACUUGGUGAGACAUACUUAAAGGCAUGACUGUUUUCAAAAUAUUGAAGUUCUUAAUUCUUUCUAUCUGACGCUCAACAUGAAUCCGAAGGUUUCCUAUAGUCCGUGUUUCCAAAACUUCCCUCUUGGAUAGUUGCUUUUUCUGGAUUUUAAACGGGGGGGUAUGAUCAACUGGAACCCAUGGGGUGUUGUGAGAUCAGAGAUAAGAAAUCCUUUGUUGGCCAUUAUGGAAUCACCAUUCUCACAGAGAUCUAAUAAAUGGCUUUUCUGUGUAAUAACUUUAUCACUGACACUCCCUGCCCAUAAUUUCGAUACAAAAGUUACUGCACCAGCUGGACUGAUACUUAUUAAGCUCUUCUAUGUCAUAUGUGAUUUAUAAUCACUGUACAUCAAUGAUUUGCUUUGUAGGGAAGAAGGAGUCUCAGUUCGUAUUUCUGUACAAUCAACUAUAACUCGACAAAUUGGAUACUUUGCACGGAAUGAUGGUGGCAUAUGGUCAUUCACUGCUUUUCUUGAUGGCCAUAUUACCAGAAAUGAUAACUGGACAUCUAAAUAAUCAAUCCACUUAUUAAAUAUUGUGCCACAUGUAGUUGUGCUAAUGUAGAAGCAAUAUGCUAAAUCCUAGCCCAAAUCGCAAUCUCAUAAGUACAAGAAAAAAUUCAUCAAUUAAUCGAAGCUGUCUGGGUCUCACUUGCUCUGAUGAUGCACCAUGUCUGGAAGUUUCACUUGCUGCAUCAUCUUUAAUUUCAUCAAAAAGACAAUCAAAGUCAUGGAAUUUGGUAUUCCUGUGUAAAAGAGAAGCUUCUGAUUAUCAUUUUUCACAUCAUAUGUAUGCACAGGUGUUUUUGCUUGUGUUUCACAAUCCACCAUCUUAUUUUCCUAGGUCUGAGUACUGCUAUUUGUAGAAAUAGGUUUGUAGUGGAGUCAACAAGCUGCUGUAGGACGCCUCCUAUUCCGGAAUCGGAUGCAUCGACGAGUAAACACAGCGGGGCAUCUGGUUUCGGAUACACCAACAUAGUAGCGUUGUAUAACGCUUUUUUCAGGGCAGCGAAAGAGGCGAGUUGAUCUUCAUCCAGGGCAAGUUCGUUGACGUAGCAAAUCCGUGAGCGGUUGCGCUAUCUCGGCAAGGUGAGGUAAAAAUCUCCGAUAAAAAUUUAUGAGACCGAGGAACUCCCUUAAUUUGUGGAGAGAUGUGGGUGGUGAAAAUUCCACGAUGGCCUGUACUUUCUCAGGAAGGGGACGAAUACCGUCCUUAUCGAUGAUGUACCCGAGAAAAUGAUGGGAAGCAACUCCAAAGGAACACUUGCUGGGAUUAAUAGCAACGCUAUAUUUGCGCAGGCGUUUGAAUAGCAGGUGCAGGUGUUGGUCAUGCUCUUCUUCCGAGUUACUGGCCACCAGUAUGUCGUCUAUGUAGGCAUAGAUGAAAGGCAAACCUCUGGUGACCAUGUCGAUAAACCUUUGGAAUGUCUGUGCUGCGUUACGUAAACCAAAAGGCAUACACAGGAAUUCAAACAUUCCGAAAGGUAUCGUGACUGCUGUUUUUGGGAUGUCCGCAGGUUCUACUGGUAUUUGAUUGUACACUCGCACAAGGUCGAUCUUGGAAAAAAUGCGAGCUCCAUGCAGCGAGCUAGAAAAAUCCUGCAGGAAAGGGACUGGAUAAGCAUCACUGACCGUACUUUUGUUUAGCGACUGAUAAUCACCGCAAACCCGCCAAUCGGUCGAUGAUUUUUUAGGGAUGCAGUGUAUCAGCGAGGACCAGUUGCUGCUGGACGGGCGGAUGAUUCCAAGGUCGAGCAUGUGCUGGAAUUCCCGUUUGACGGCUUUGAGGCGAUCAGGUGGUAACCUUCUGGGUCGUGCAGCAACAGGUGAACCGCUGGUCUUGAUGUGGUGGGUGAUGUCGUGCUUAAUCGGCUGGUUAUGGAAUACUGGUCGAGUGACGUCCGGGUACUGUUUCAGGAUGGUACUGUGACGAGUCGUUGUUGUAAGCAAUAUGGUUGGGCUGACUGUAGCCAUACGAGCGGCUAUACCGCGCACAGUAAGUUGUGUGGUGCUGUCGACAAGUCGUCUCUUUUGCAUGUCUACUAGGAGAUUGAAAUGAUGCAGGAAAUCGGCUCCUAAGAUAGGGGUUGGCAGUUUGGCGAUGACAAAUACCCACUAGAAGGUGCGGCGUACUCCCAAGUUCAGCGUUAGGGACCGUUCGCCAUAGGUUUCGAUCGGCGAGUGGUUAACUGCCUAAAGACAGACUGGUGUCUCCUUUCGUUUUCCUGAAAUGCUGGAAACAGGGACUACGCUGACUUCUGUGCCGGUGUCAACCAGGAAACAUGUGCCUGUUACCCAAUCGCAAACGAAAAACAGACGACUUUCUGGGUGCGAACCAGGAACUUCCAUUGCAUUUAAUUCCUGCCUGUACCAUUUUCCGAACUGGGUGGUGCUAAUGAGCAUGGGUUGGUACAUUUCCGCGCCUGUGUUCCAAACUUUCGAUGGUACCAGCACGUGUCGUGUGAGUUGCGACUAGCACUGGGACUGCAGGAUCGUCUACCAUAUCGAUGCGGUCGGCUGCUGCUUCGGCGCUGGUUACCAAGCGAUAGGGCCUGUAUUUGGGUUGUGAGGGUCUGUAUUUGUGCGGCUUGCUGCGUCAUUAAUGAACGCAAGUCCACAAUUUCAGAAGAACUAGUCGGCGAAAGGAUUGGUAGUGGGAGCUGCUGGCGUCACCGUCGAUACUGUGGAAAACCUAUGUGGUACCUCGGCUAUUUUGUCCGCUAACUCUGCCAGUUCCUCAAUGGAUGUGGAUUCUCGUGUGGAAGCGAGAACCACCUGUGUGUUAGAGGGCAGACGCUGGAGAAAAAGCUGCUUGAAAACUUUGUCGGGGAGGCUCUCAUCUCCAAGAAGCUGCUUCAUUCUGCGUAGAAACUGGGAAGGCGUUCUAUGGCCCAAUUCUUCUGAUGUCAGAAGUUGGUGAAGUCGCUUUCAUUGGGACUCGGAAGUUCUGUUUAUCAGUGUCGUACAAUGCAGAACCGUGUGGUGCUAUAAUGAUGUCGCGGACGACGUUCAUGAUCUCUGGUGAUAGGGAACCGAUUACAUGCAACAGUCGAGAUGCAUCGCUCAGUACUUGGUGAGAAGAAAACUGAGCUUCUAUGUGGUGAAACCAUAAUGCAGGGUCGUGCGUCCAGAAUGGGGGCAUUCUCCACGUAAUCGCCGCUUGAAAUGUCAUGCUGGUAGGUGAUGUAUUCGCCGCUGGGUUCGGUUCUGGAAAAGCCAUUGUGUUCUGAGAAUUUCCUAGUUGUUUCAUUGACAGAUGAUGUGCAGGCUGUUAUUCUUUGGUUGAAGCUGGUUCCAGGGAAGGCCGGAAUUCUGUGAUGGGGUCACCAAAAUGUGGUGGAGUAAUGUUGUUUGUUUGUGUUAUCGUGUCAGGGUGCGAUAGGCAUGUGUUUGCCUGUGAAUAAACAAAGUGAUAACUAUGUUCAACUAUAACAGAUUUUAUUUGCUGCAUUGAACUCUGGUGUUAGUAAAUAUUCUUCACCACUACAUUAAAUUUUGGCAACUUACUUCGAGUUGCUAGGAAAAAUGAAACCAGGGUACAUCUGUGGAGUUGAUGUAUCCGAAGACUAAAUAUGUUCAUGUGUUGGUUCUUUCAUCUUGCGGUAGUUCUCUCUCUCAUUAGCAUGGCACGGCAAAUCUCUGUGUGAUCAUUGCAGAGCACUGGGUCAGUCUGCGGCGAAUCACAGUCUCCCUCUCUCUCUCUCUCUCUGUCCUCCCUGCUAAACUCUCCUAUCUAUAAUCAUCAGGGGCAGCUAGAAGGAUGGACAUGCUGCAGCAGGUUUAGUACCUAAGUAGGUCAGUCGCUGUCCAGUGAACUUCGCUUGACAUCUAUGAGGUUAUAAGGUCGAGGGGAGGCUAUCCAUCAUUUUUUUGACAGGACAAAGAAAACCUGAUUUCGCGCCUGUUGAUCACAGUAAAUCCUACGAGGGAGAAUACUUAGAUUCAGUUUCGAAUCUAAGCUUGGAGAAGAGAAAUGUUUGUUUUUACAAGUUUAUUGGCAGGAUCAUAUUGUAUUCCUAUAUUCUUGGUAUGAAUUUCUUGUACAGUCUGCACUGACUUGUGUGUAAAAGCUGAGAAUGAUUUAGGAUUAACUGGACCACAGUAAUCAUGAAACAUUAAAGAAUUGUUCAACAUAGACAUGGUAGGACAUACGAAGCAACCAAGCUGUUCUUUGACAUUAUCUUCAACUUUUCUGGUUUCAAUAUCUUCAUUCACUUGUAUAUUCUGCAAAUAAGUUGAAUACAGGUUUACGUGGUCAUAGCUUUCAGCAACCAUUCACUGAUUUGGCCAUGAGCAUGAUGUGUAGAAGAGGUAGUGACAGUCACACUAUAAAGUCUAAUAAUUAGAGGAAUAUUAAAUUCAAUGCUGUAAAUUUAUUAUUUAAUCAAACAAAAACAUAUAUAUAUAUAUAUAAUUUUCCAGUAAAUUUUGUAAUCGUUACCAAUAUAGCAUAAGACUUCACCCCAAAGGAUCAUUGAUUAGAUUCCUUAAGGAUUAACCCAAUAAUACUAAAUAAGGCAAUGUGGUUCUUCCAUAAGAAGGCAGGCCUCACUAGAGAAGAAUUCAAAGUAAUAACAGCAGCGAGGAAAUCAUUCAUUAGCUUUAAAGAUAGGAUAUGGAUAAGAAAAGAUACACCAGAGGCCUUUGAUGUCCCCAUGGGAAGCUCUGACUCAGCCCAAAUAGCUGAUAUGGUGGGUUCAUUUAUCCUUUACGAA